UUCCAAUCAAAAACUCUCCCUUUUCUCCUUCUCUCUUCAGGGAAAAAAAGGAAUACUGCACAAAUAUCCCAUCAUCAAGAUCAAAUUUUUAAUCAUUUGCGUCGUCUUUCAGGCUAAAAAUUCAACCACAAGUAAUCACCUGCUUGAUUUUAAAGCUGUGAACUAGAAGGUAGAAAGUAGUUCGAUUAUCCACUCUUGCCUAGUUAGGGCACUGCAGCGACAGAGCGGUGCCCAUGGAUACCACGGCUAGUGGAGCAUCGAGUGUUCAGUACCAUAACGUCACUGAGCAGGCAAUCGUGCCCCUUGCUCCUCCCCCUGUAGCACACCAAAGGCAGCAACGGCAUUGCUUUGGAAAUGCAAUCCCCGGGGAGUUCCCGUUGUCUGCUAACCCCUCCAUCGUCCUGCAUUUCCUCUCCGCCUGCAAUUUAGACCCGCAGGAUCUUGCCAAACUCGAGGUGACUUGUUCGUUUUUUAGGCAGCCUGCGCACUUCGCCCCUGACCACGAGCUCUCGUUGGCUGAGCUUGCAGCUCUUGAUAUGUGCCAGAAGAGGGCCAUAUUCAAGCCAAUGACGAUAGAGCAGCAGCAAUGCUUGAAGCAGAGGUGUGGGGGCUCGUGGAAGCUCGUCUUGAGAUACGUUCUUGCUGGGGAGGCAUGUACAAGGAGGGAAAAGUCGCAGGCAAUAGCCGGCCCUGGUCACAGCCUUGCUGUGACAUCUAAAGGCGCUGUGUAUUCGUUUGGUUCCAACAGCUCCGGACAGCUUGGACAUGGAACCACACAUGAGGAGCCCCGCCCUUCUCUAAUUAAAUCUCUGCUAGGAGUUCGAAUUAUUCAUGCUGCGGCUGGGGCUGGACGAACAAUGCUGAUUAGCGAUGCAGGACGUGCCUAUGCCUUUGGUAAAGAUUCUUUUGGUGAAGCCGAAUUCGGGGCUGAAGGGAAUAAGUUAGUAACCACACCGCAGGCAGUCGAAUCUUUGAAAGAUAUCUUUGUUGUGCAAGCUGCUAUUGGGAAUUUCUUCACGGCCGUGUUGUCUAGAGAAGGAAGGAUUUACACGUUCUCUUGGGGACACGAGAGCAAACUUGGCCACCAAACGGAACCUACUGAUCUUGAGCCACGCCCAUUGUUGGGGGCGCUCGAAAACAUACCUGUGGUUCAAAUUGCAGCUGGCUAUUGCUACCUUCUUGCUUUGGCAUGUCAACCUAAUGGAAUGUCAGUAUAUUCUGUCGGGUGUGGGCUAGGUGGGAAGCUUGGGCAUGGUACUAGAACCGACGAGAAGGAGCCAAAAUUGAUCGAACGGUUUGUAGAGUUGAAUCUUCAGCCUGUUGUGGUUGCUGCCGGUGCUUGGCAUGCUGCAGUGGUUGGGAAGGAUGGAAGGGUAUGCACGUGGGGAUGGGGGCGGUACGGAUGCUUGGGGCACGGGAACGAGGACUGCGAGUCAGUCCCCAAAGUAGUCGAGGCACUGAGCAAUGUCAAGGCCGUACACGUUGCAACAGGGGACUACACGACCUUUGUGAUCUCGGAUGCUGGAGAUGUCUAUUCUUUCGGAUGUGGAGAGUCAUCAAGCCUCGGACACGAUACUGCUGCUGCUGAUGAGCAGGGAAACAGGCAAACGAACGUGCUGAGUCCGGAGAUCGUGACCUCAUUGAAGGAACGAGUGGUGCAGAUAAGUCUCACGAAUUCGAUAUACUGGAAUGCGCAUACGUUUGCGCUCACGGACUCGGAUAAGCUCUACGCGUUUGGGGCUGGUGACAAGGGGCAGCUGGGGGUCAAGCUCGCGGCUAAUCAGACGGAAAGGGCAAUCCCGGACCGUGUGGACGUGGACCUCAGUUGACCUCUGCCUUUUAAUCUUAUUAUUAACAUUUCAUUGUAGAUAUAUGUUUAUUGCUCUGUGUAAAUAUAAACAGUGAUUGUGAAUAAGGGUAGGAUUUAGGAGCUGCAGAAUUAACCUCUUUUAGAAAUUUGUUAGCUCUUUGUCUGAAACCAGUAAAUAGUUUGAUGAAGACUUGCCAAGAUUGUUUUUUUAACUUAAUUAGAUUGGUGAAAAGUACUUUUUUAA